CGGAAUGUGUGAGGCGGGGAUUCGGGGGAACCCAGGUGUUGGGACAGUAUACUCGCGGGUCAGCUGCCCCGUUAUCACCACUGUAAUAACACAUCAGCCUUAGCUGGCAUCCAGCCGGAUACUAUUUAACCUCAGCUUCGCGUCGACCACUACCGCAGUCCAGUCGACGGGUGUUACGUUGGCAUCUCGUCGUGCACAGAGAGAGCAAUCAUACGGAAGUUACAGCACCAGUUUAGGGAGUCUUAAUUUAGUUAGAAUGAAAGUUCGAACUUGCGUUUGCCAAGUCUUGCUUGUUGCAUUGGUGUUGGUUGCAGCGCAAGAGGAAGAGGUGUUUCAAAAUGUUGUCGAAGAGUUAACUGUGGAAACCGUGAUGAACCCUGAAACUUGCGAUAUAACGUCAGAGAUGGGGGACACACUGCAGAUCCACUACACGGGGAGAUUGAUGGACGGAAAGGUGAUUGACUCCUCUCUGUCUCGGGACCCCCUGCUUGUGGAGCUGGGGAAGAGAACGGUUAUCACAGGUCUAGAGCAGAGCUUGCUGGGAGUCUGUGAAGGGUAUACAAAAAUCAAGGCUACCAUUCCACCACACUUGGCCUAUGGGAAGAGAGGAUACCCGCCCACCAUACCAGGUGACGCGGCGCUGGUGUUCGAGGUGGAGGUGGUGUCCCUGAGCAAGCAGACGCAGUGGCAGAGGCUGGUGAACGACGUCUUCCCCCUGCUGUGCCUGGGCCUCGUGCCCACGCUGCUGGGCCUGGUGGGCCUGUACCUCUACAACAAGGCCAACUCCGCCCAGAAGGCCGGCAAGAAGAAGGCCAAGGACAAGAAGACCAAAAAGAAAUGAGACAGAGACCAGCCUGACCACCACACUGAAAAUAAUUGUUAUUUAAAUAAAAAAGGGACCCCUCCCAACAAAAA